AAAAAAAAUACUCCUUCAUUGGACUCAUCUACAGCAAUCUUUUCAGCAUAGGUUAGCAGACAAUCACUCUCGUAUCCAAGCAGCAGAAGAAACAGAUCCGAAGAUCUCAUGUGCUUUAACGCCUGAUGGAUCAAAAGUUUGCAGAAUUCCACAAAAACUACACAACUUGAAAAACCUGGAUAGGAAUUUUUGAAUAUUGGUGCAAAUCUGCGCGAAACAUGGAUAGAGGAAUUCAUUUUUUCAGCAUUUGAUGUAGGCGGAAAUGCAAAAGAUGGCUUCCGAACCAACACACACCAUUUCAUCUGUGAACCUAACAUCCGCAUUGACCACAAGUCCCCAAAAUAAAAGCAUGGUGGAUGAAGAAGCUCACCACACGCUUCUAACCAUCAUCUACACCAUGGUUCUGCUGAUUGGCGCCACUGGCCUGAGUGUCAUGAUCCUCAUCAUGAAGUCCAGGACAUUAUCUGCCACCUCCAUCGCUGUUCUCAACCUCAUCUUCGCACACUUCCUUUUCCUUCUCACUGUGCCCUUCAGGAUCUAUUACCACACGGCUCAGCGCUGGACCCUCGGCUUGGGCUUGUGCCGAUUGGUUAGCAGCAUGGUCCACAUUCACAUGUACAUUACAUUUGGCAUCUACGUUAUAAUCCUCGUCACACGCCUUCUGGUGUUUUACGGCAAGGCUGAGCAGUGGAUGUCUUUGCCAAAGAUCUACGCGCAAGCUCUCAGUGUCUUAGUAUGGUUGAUAGUGUUAGUCAUAGUUAGCUGCGUCAUCCAUUUUUCUUACGGCCAAUCCAACGGUGGCAGUAGACCCCCCGAGAGUCAUUCUCAGUGUUUUAGAUUUGGCAAUAACAUCCAAUCGGUCAAGGUGAUCAACUACAUCAUCAGUAUGCUGUUCAUCACAGUAUCCAUAGUGCUGACCGGCUUCCAAGCCAAUGUUUUGUUGCUUUUAUACAGGAAGCAUCAGCAGCGAUGGACGUCACAACAAGACUUCGGGGCUCAGUUGAAGAGUCUCGCCUUCGUCAUCAUCAUGGCGGUAUGCUUUAUUCCGUACCAUAUAUUCCGACUCUAUUACUUGGAACACGUUGAACUGCAGAAUCUCAAUGAGGUCUUUUUGAGCUUGACCACCUUUAACUGCGUAGACAUGCUCACCCUCUUGGGAAGGAGGACAUGCUCAUUGUGUUUCCCUGGAAAAGCUAUUUAAUCAACUUGCCUGAUGACUCUUGUCAUUUCCUUGUCGUGUUAAAAAUCCUACAUGACCGUCAAUCAAAUGAAUUAGGUUCUGUUUAAUUCAGGUUACCUCGAGUUAGACAGAUAGUCUUUGCUGACUUGGAUCACAAGAGACACAAGAGACUCGCAUCGUUUGGUUUUAAUUUAAAGUAUCAGUACAAUAUAAACAUGGUUGACUUGUCUUUAUUUUGUAUGGAAGUUCAAAAUAGUGAGUCUCAGAUCUUCACACGCUUUUGACAAAAGCAGUUUGUCAAUGCUGAGUAAUGCACAGAGAGAAGCCAGUGGAGAAACAUCCGUUAUUGCAGUUCUCUUUUCCUGCCUCAUACAGUGACGUGAUGUGCUCUAGCAUAUAACCCAUUUUUAAGUGCUGUAAUGAUGAACUUGUUGGUUUUAUUUAUUUUUUUGUACAGAACUGCUAUGUAUUUUGAAAGUCACUCACCAUCAAAUUUCAAAUUCGACAUA